CUGAAAUAUAUCGUCGACGUUUAAGCGGUGCAGUGCAGAGCAGCGUGAAGAUUCAUGGCUUCCUCCUCUACGCUCUCCCUCUGUUCUUCUCUCGCGUCUCAAUGCCGACUCUCCCCUCCCAACCCGCACGCCCACCACCACCACCACCACCACCCUUCGUCCUCCAUCUACUUCCCGCCCUCCUCCAAGGCCACCGUCGCUCCCCUCGCCUCCCUCAAGCUCGCCCCCUCUAGACCCUCCUCCUCGUCCUCAUUCACGGCCAAGUCUUCGGAAUCCGAUGCUCCCGUGAUCGAAUUCGCCCCCGAAGCGACCGAGCCCGAGCCGGAGCCCGAGCCGGAGCCGGCCCCGGCGGUCCCGAGCCCCGGCGACGCGCCCAAGCGCGAGGAGGUGUUCGCCGUGGUCAUGGUUGGGUCUCGCCAGUACAUUGUAUUCCCUGGGCGCUAUAUCUACACGCAGAGGCUUAAAGGUGCGAGUGUGGACGAUAAGAUAAUUUUGAAUAAGGUAUUGCUUGUGGGGACCAAAACAAGUACCUAUAUCGGAAAGCCAGUGGUGCCUAAUGCUGCAGUGCAUGCUGUUGUUGAAGAGCAGGGUCUAGAUCCCAAAGUGAUCGUCUUCAAGUACAAGAAGAAAAAGAAGUACAGAAGAAAUAUUGGUCAUCGGCAGCCAAACACCAGGAUCAGGAUAACGGGCGUCACUGGCUAUCAAGACUCUCCUGCAGUCACCCUUGAUUCAUGAGCUCCUGCAGGAGUGCCCAAAGUGUCUCAAGCCAACUUUAGGAAGUUGUAAUUUUUGUACUCCGCCCAAUGGAGUAAGGUUUCUUGUUGUAUUUGUGCUUUCCGCAACAGGGAACUGAAUAUAUUUAUUUCCUGACCACCAUUUUAAUCCAUUUGGUUCCUUGAAACAA